GUGAAUCGUUGCGUGCGAUUGUUCCCACAACAACAUUUUAAGCUUGGAUAUCUGUGCUGUUCCCUUAUCGAGUUUUAAGCCCCGCUUUGUGUCGUUCGUUUCAAUCAAAAGCUAUCCAAAUAUGUCUGUGCUGCGAGCACUGAUGCUUCUGGCCUUUGGUGCCACCGUGGCGCUGGCCCAACGUCGCCUGGCUCUUCCCGAUCCGAGGAGUUGCGCCAACCGAGUGCGCCAUGCCAGCUAUCGGGAUGCCAGGGGCGUGUCCCACUCGUACUUCUUCAGCUGGGAGCAUGCUCCUACCCGCAGCCUGGAGGUGGAUUGGCUGGAUGCGAGGAACAUCUGCCGCAGGCACUGCAUGGAUGCCGUUUCCCUGGAGACGCCACAAGAGAAUGACUUUGUGAAGCAGAGGAUUGCUAGGGGCAAUGUGCGAUACAUUUGGACCUCAGGCAGGAAGUGCAAUUUCGCCGGCUGCGACAGGCCAGAUCUGCAGCCCCCCAAUGAGAACGGUUGGUUCUGGUCGGGAUCGGGAGCAAAGAUUGGACCCACUUCGCAGAGGAACACCGGCGAUUGGUCUUCAACGGGCGGAUACCAACAGCCGCAGCCCGAUAACCGGGAGGCCGCGCAGGGCAACGACGAGAGCUGCCUGUCCAUUCUGAACAACUUCUACAACGAUGGCAUCAAGUGGCACGACGUGGCCUGUCAUCACAUCAAGCCAUUCGUGUGCGAGGACUCCGACGAGCUGUUGAACUUCGUCCGCUCCCGGAAUCCCAAUGUCCGCUUGUAAUUCUAACUAGCCUAAGCCUGAGGGAGAUGAUUAAAAUUUACAUAUUUAUGUAGCCUUAAACGGAA